GCGCAUAAUCAGGCAUUGGUUAAAGUGUUGAAAGGCGACAGACACAGCUCGCAUCGAGUUUCAAAGGUAACCCCCAGAGGAAUACUUUGGCAUGAGCGCCGACGACCCCCUGAUCGAUCCAGAUACACUCCUUCCCGUUAAUGGCACCCUUCCAAUAGAUGAAGAGGCUAUCGUAAAAGAUGCCCGUUGGUACAAUGUCAUCCUCUGGGCGCCAUUUGUGCUAAUACCCUUCACGAUUAUUCUGUCGCGGGUGCUAAGGUACCUGUGGAGACUCUAUCAAGCUCGAGUAUACGGUUACGAUGAGGACUUGUUUAGUGAUCCACUUGCCGAGCUGGGGUUAUCCAUCACAAGACACUACCGCAACACGACCGACAUUCGCAAAAUCCGCAAAGAACAGCGUAAAAUUCAUUCCAAACAACAACGCGCCGAACGUGCUGCAGCUGCUCGCGAAACGGGACCUGCUCGCCGGUUUAUUGCCGGAUUUGCUCCCCUGAAUGCCGCUGAAUCCUACUUUCAAGAUCUCCGGAAACGAACGAAACGGACUUGGUCUGAACGUCUUAGUCCAGAGGCUGUCCGACGUUGGAUUGAUACGAGCCGUUAUGCACGCAUUUGGAUGGUCUUUCAGGUCGUUUGUACCCUCCUGGCCAUUGUCAACUAUGUGUUGCUGACGUACUCGAUUCACCGAACGGAUCGACGACACAUUAAAUACCUGGAUCUCUUUCUUGCGAGCAUGUUUCUUAUCGACUAUAGCAUCUCACUCUACACCUCGGAAGAUCGGUUACGAUUCUACUUUAAUCCCGGAUCAUUGGUAGACCUCUUGUCCAUCGUGCCUCCCUUUGUCUAUGUCCUCAUCUCUGAAACAAGCCAAUACGUCUGGUUCUUGGGUCUACUACGAAUUCUUCGUGCAAGCAGGAUAUUGCGGACGUAUCGGUUAUUGAGUUUUAGUGAGACUGAGGAAAAGCGCGAAUUGACCAUUCUUGCACUUAGUUUUAUGAACUUUGUGUUUUUGAGUGCGAGUAUCAUCAAUGCCUUGGAGAGCAUCCAUAAUCAGCAGAUUAAUACUGCGAGCUUGAGUAAUUGGCAUGAUAGUUUGUACUAUAUCAUGGUAACCUUCAGUACAAUAGGUUUUGGUGACCUGACACCCUCCUCCGUCCCCUCGCGAGUAGUCGUCAUGCUCCUCAUCAUUGUCGUCGUUGUCUUUGUCCCCAUCCAAACCGGGAAAAUCGCUGAAAUAUACAACUCGACCUCAGCCUACCAAAGAGCCAAAUACUCACCCGAGAGCGAACACGCUCAUGUUAUCCUCGGUGGAACGGUGUCCUACACGGCCGUUAUUGAUUUCUGUCGCGAGUACUUUGUAGCCGAUCCCGAGGGGCAUGUCGUUAUUCUCAAUGAAGAAGAACCUAGCUUGGACGUUCGCAAACUUCUUCGCCACCCUUUUUAUCGUAAUCGAGUUAUUUACCUCCGAGGUACUGCAUUGAGUAUACCAGACCUUCGUCGCGCCCAAGCAACCUUUGCAACUGCCUUAUUCUUAUUGAACCUCGAUAGCCCGUCGGACGAAAACAGCGGAGGAGGGAAUGAAGACGAGCAAUUGCGCGUAACUCGUGGUGUGGAUGCUCAGAUUCUCAUGCAGGCAUUGGUGGCCAAGAAUGCAUUCCCCGGUCUCCCCAUCUUUGGUGAAGUACAGGAUAUUAGAAGUCAAGAUUUAUCUCAAACCUGUGGAUGCGACAGAGUGCUCUGCAUUGAUGAAGUUAAAAUGUCCAUUUUGGCCCGAAAUUGUCUCGUACCCGGGAUCCUGACUCUCAUCCUCAACCUGGUCCAUACGUAUAAAGACGCACGGAUGACAUAUCUCUCUGAUGCCUGGACGACAGAGUAUCAGCACGGCGCGGGACACCAAGUCUAUUCUUUCAAAGUCCCUACUGGCCUCGUCGGUGUCCGAUUCCCCCACGUUGUGCGGGAAGUCUAUCAUACCUUUGGUGCCAUUGUCUUUGCCGUCAUGUCAAGCAAUGCGGGGUUCAAUGUCAACCCCAUUCGACUCAACCCAGGCAAAGACUAUCGGUUGCGGGAUGAUGAUAUUGCCUUUUGUGCCGCGGAUGGAGGUGAUGAAUUAAUGUUGAGAAUCAUGUUACAGUACAAGGAUACAGCCAUCAGAGAUGAGCUCAAUUUGUUUGAACUGGGAAAAGAGAUGGAUAAAGUGGUUGUGGGAGAGGGACCCAGUGAUAUUCUCAAGACUGCUUCAGAAAACUUUAACACCUCGGCAGCAUCUCUUCAACCUGACCCAACGCCCUCCCCGCUUACCUCGUCACCUACUACCGUCCUCGCAGAUCCAGGUCUCCUCUCUACCCUUCAUUCCCAUAUUAUCCUUUGCGGCUCCAUGACAUCCCGCGGAAUCCGACACUUUGUCCGCUCCAUUCGCACAAGCUCCAUCUCUACGCCUUCCCGCGCUCUCUCUGCAAGCGAAUCAACGCCCAUCAUCUGCCUCCUCGAAACCAUACCCGCUUUUUCAGAGGAUGGGAUUUGGUCAGAUAUUUUGCAGUAUCCGCAUGUUUUCAUUGUCCGUGGUACACCGUUAAAAAGGACAAGCUUGUUGCAGGCGGGUGUGGAAAGGUGUGCAAAGGUUGUUGUUUUUGCAAAGAAUCAAAAAGGCGGUGCUGGGAAUGCCCAGGAUUUACCGGAUGCAAAUUCAGUGUUUAUUGUUAAGAUGUUGCAAAGGGAAUGGCCGCAAACAUCCUUUAUCGUCGAACUCUCCAACGGCUCCAACGUCAAAUUCUUUUCCUCCAAAAACUCGGAAUGGAACUCUGACAACCUCCGCAUGCAAUCCAUUCUCAACAACUAUGCAUUGAGCAUCAACGAUCGUGUCGCAUUAUACAAAAAAGUCCGAGCAGAGGGUGCAGAGCGCGCUACAAAUUUCUUGUAUCGGUUGAUUCAAUUCACUGCGAGUGAACCUACCCCAGGUGCUGGAAUCCCAACUGGGAAUCCAUCGUCCAAAAGUGAACCCAAACGCUCGAAACGCAAACGUCCUGACACGACAGGCCAAGUGGACGAAGUUUUGUUUGCUGGGGAGGGAGCGGAAAUGGGUAUGGCGGAUCUCUCACCCAAAAACUACAAAAACCUUCCAACCAACCUCUCCGAACUGGAAUCAGACGAAAACUCUGACCAAGACGAACCCGUCUCAGAAACCCAACAACAACAACCCCCCUCAAAUACCUCCCCCGUCUCAACAGCUUACCUCCAACGCCUCGUAGACGAAGCCGAACUCAACGAAACAGGCCUCUCCCCAUUCCCAGCUUACCACUUUGACCGCCACUUUGCAGCGGGCAUGGUUACAACAUCCUGUUUCAUGCACUCCCUCCUCGCUCAAUCCUAUUUCCGCCCAUACGUCGUCGACAUUGUCCGCGCCCUCUCCACAUCCGCCAUUCAUAUUCGUGUUCCCCCCGAAUGCGUCGGAAAGAAAUACAUGGACCUUGUUGGAUGGUGUUUGGAACGGGGGAUAGUCCCGUUGGGGUUGUACCGUGGUGCUCUUUCUCGAAGUGAAAGACCUGCCUGGGGUGGAGAGACCGACGGUUUACCCUAUGUUUAUACAAACUGUAGGUCGUUUGAUGUGGUGCGCAAAGAUGAUUUGGUGUUUGUUGUUCGGGAGGGGUCAUGAACGGAAAUGCUUGUAAAAGUUCACUUUUAUAUAUCGUUAUCAUACAAUGUG